CAUGGUGAUAUACUCUCUCUCUUUACGCUAGGCGUCUUGCUGUGUCUCCUCCACCACCACCACCACCAUGACAGUCUCGAGCCUUCAACCACUGCUGCUGCUACUUAUUCUGUCACAUUGUCUGGCAGCUGGAGUUCCUAAAUGGCGGACUGGUCGAGAUGAGAGCAAGACCCGCUCAGUCUAUAAAGAUCAGGACCACUUAGGGGUCAUGGGUCGAGGUCAACACAAGACUAAGCCUUCAGCAGUGGUGGAAGACAGCGCCUACUGGAACCUGAAGAUGCAGGAGGAGCUGCAGGCGCAGCUGGAAAAGGAGCCCAUUGUGCGCCAGGCGAAGAACGUCAUCUUGUUCCUCGGCGACGGGACCUCCAUCUCCACCCUGACGGCCGCCAGGCUCCUCAAGGGACAUCGAACUGGUAACUUCGAGCACGAGGUUAUGGCCUACGAGAAGUUCCCUUACUCCACCCUCAUCAAGACGUACAGCGCGGACAAGGUGGUGACGGACUCGGCCGCCAGCUCUACCGCCUACCUCAGCGGAGUGAAGGGCAACCAGGCCACCAUCGGGGUGGACGCCAAUGUCCAGCUGGCCGACUGCAACGCCAUGAACGUCCCCCAGUUCCAUACCCACAGUAUCCUCAAGAACUUCCAGGACGCUGGGCGCUCCACUGGCAUAGUCACAGUGACUCGUGUGACCCAUGCCUCACCUGCCGGCACAUACGCUCACACCGCUGAGAGGCAUUGGGAGAGUGACGAUGACAUCAACGACGCCGAGGGCGACCCAGACCUGUGCGACGACAUCGCAGAGCAGCUGAUACUGGGCGAGACUGGCUCCAGGAUCAAGGUUAUCCUUGGUGGCGGGCGUCAGAAGUUUACACCUAAAAAUGUGGUAGAGGAUCCUGAAGGCGGCGACGGAGGCAAGAGAGACGACGGCAAGAAUCUUAUACAAACUUGGAUUGACCAGAAAGUUCUUCUUGGCAAUUCAUCAUACGUGUGGCACCGCAACGACCUCCUUACCCUAGACACUGCCCAUACUGACUACCUCAUGGGACUGUUCGACUGGGGCCACGUAGCGUACACUGUGGACCAGGACAGCAGCAACCCGUCCCUAGAGGAGAUGACCCGGGCCGCCAUCGAGGUCCUGCAGAAGGACGCCAACGGUUACUUCCUCUUUGUCGAAGGAGGCAACAUCGACAGGGCGCACCACCUCAACGAGUACAGGUCCGCCCUGGAGGAGGCCAUCGAGUUCGAGAAAGCCAUAGAGACGGCCGUGGGCCUGACGGACCCCCAGGACACCCUCAUCAUUGUCACGGCUGACCAUGCCCAACCGUUGGUCAUCAAUGGUUACCAGGAGAGAGGCUCUGAUGUCUUGGACCUCGGGGACUACUCUGACGUGGACGGUCUUCCCUACACCACUCUGCUCUACACCAACGGUCCAGGCUACCGUGGAGAGGUGGACGGUAGCCGUCCCGACCCGUCCACCGAGGACUACAGUGACCCACACUACGUAGGAGCGGCGACAGUGCCCAUGGUGGAGUCCAACCACGCCGGGGAGGACGUGGUCCUCUACGCCCGCGGCCCCCACGCCCACCUCUUCACUGGCAUCCACGAGAACACCUACAUCCCCCACGCCCUCAGGUACGCGACGUGUGUUGGGGAGGGUCUACACUUCUGUACCAGCCAGGGGGUGUAGUGGUGGCCUCCUCCCAUGGUGCCAGGCUCUCUCCCCCAUGGUGCCAGGCUCUCUCCCAUGGUGCCAGUGUCAACACUCCUCUCAUGGUGCCUGAACCAACCCCAACUUCCACAUGAGAGACAUGUAACCACCAUAACUCGAUCAACUUGUCUCAUCGUGACUAUCCUCCGCAGAUGUUAUAGCCUCCAUAGAGAGCCGGUGUUACAUAGCAGGAACUCAAUAACAUUAAUAAGAUUGCUUACAAAGGAUGUAUAUAUCAAAGCAACACAGUUGCUAUAGCAUCUAUACAUAAGGUCAAACCUCUAAACCAAAUGGUUUAAUAUCUAUUGAAAGGUGUUCAGUAUUUCUACAAAUUCGGUGAAAGAUAUACACCUGAGGUAUACCCCCCUCCUCGGUCUGUAUAUACUGAGAGUUUUCUGUAGUUCUGGACUAUGUUGAGGACUGCAGUAUACUCUCUGGUUGGUCACUAAGGUAUUGUUAUUGUGGUGGGCGUAAUAACCCUCUACUGGUUGAUAGACCUUAAGUCCAACAACUAAAAACUUCCGCUACAUGUUUAUAUUUCAGAAUGCUAAGCACCCAAGAAAGUGGUUAUAAAUGUCAAUGUAAGGAUGCUAAAUGUUUACUCAAUAAAAACUGCCUCUCCUUCCCAA